AUGCAUCAACCCAACCCGUAUGUGCCGUAUGCGGUUUACCCGUCGCAGCAGCCGGCGAUGAAGCCGUAUCCUGCAGUGCCGCCUGCCUCACCCGAGACAGCGAAUAUGUUAAUGCUCCUCGAGAAUCUCUUCAAACCCGAGUUGCGGGAAAAGGCAAUUUUAGACCUUGCGAAACAUCGUGACUCUUUCCCACUGCUUGGACCUGCCCUCUGGUAUGGUGUGGGGACCAUGGCAAUUCUCCUACAAGAAAUAAUUUCUGUGUACCCACUUCUUCACUUACCGCAACUUUUCCCAAAAGGUUUGACUAGUCGUGUGAGUAGUGUCCUUACACUUCUUCAGACGGUUGCAUUUCACGAUUCAACCCGUAAAGUCUUUUUGGAGGCCCAAAUUUGCCACUUGCUUUAUCCGUUUCUUCGUGGGAUGAAUGAAGGAGCAGAGAGUCUUCGCCUUACAUCGCUUGGCGUUAUUGGUGCUCUUGUGAAAACUGACGAUAGUGAUGUAAUGAAUUACCUCCUGAGUACAGAAAUCUUCCCUCUUUGUUUAAGAAUAAUGGAGUGUGGAACAGAAUUUGCAAGAACAUUGGCAACCUUUAUUGUGCAGAAGCUUCUUUUGUCAAAUCCAGGCCUUGAAUAUGUAUGCCACAAACCAGAUAGAUUUACGGCCGUUGUGACAGUACUUGGGAAUAUGGUUGGUUCAAAGGAAUGUAGCCCCCGUCUCCUUCGUCAUAUCAUUCGCUGUUAUUUGCGGUUAUCAGAUCAUCCACGUGGCUGUGAAGCACUUGGACAAUGCUUGCCGGUGGAUCUACGAAAUGAUAAGCAUAAGGAGGCAUUAGAUAGCAAUCCCAAUAUGAAAAAAUGGUUACUCCAACUUCUUGUUAACAUUGGAGAUGAGGGUGCAAAAAAACUUCUCGAAAACAAUAUAAAUGCGUAG